CAAAGAGAUGAAUUUUAUCUCCAUUUUCAUCCACACAAAACCUCAACAAUGGCAUCUCCAUGACUUCCACCUCCUCUUAAUUUCCAAUCCAAUUCCUCAUCCAUGGCCUUCUUUCUUUCUCCUACCCUCAUUCUUCCUUCUACAUUCCGUUUCUUUUUCACAAAACCCCAACCAUGGCCCCUCUAGCCUCCAUGUUCAACGGAGCACCCCUAGCGCCACCGCUCCAUUUUCACUCAAGUCGCCACCACCCACUCACCUCGCCCGCGAUGCUGCCGAUUAACAAUCGCCGGUCGAGUUUACGCCCCGGCAACGGCAGAGCCGCGACGGUCAGAUGCGAGGGAAUCGGAAUUGGCGAUUUCAUCGGUGGCGAUUUGCUUAAAUUUGACCUUGGGCAAUGGUUAUCGGAUGUGGAGGAACACAAAGCUUUAGCAAUUUACUCGCCGCAUGAAGGCGGAUACGAAGGCCGAUACUUAAAUCGCCUCCGUUACCAAGGCUAUUACUUCCUCGAUCUGUCCGCUCGCGGUCUCGGCGAUCCCGAGACCACUCUCACCAAGAUUCACCCUGUUUGCCCUGCUCAUUUGGGGAAGCAGCCUAUUGCACGGUGGUAUUUUCCGCCGGAAGUUGAUUACAGGUUGGCGGCGCUGCCUCCGAACGCUAAGGGACUGGUCGUGUGGAUAAUCGAGGCUAAGGUUCUUUCCAAGGCGGAGUUGCAAUUCCUUGCUUUGCUGCCGACUCUCCGGCCGAAAGUCCGAGUCAUUGCCGAGUGCGGGAAUUGGAGAAAGUUCAUGUGGAAACCGCUCAAGGAGAUUGCAGGAGCUUGAAGACGCUUCUUAAUGACUGGAGGAAUAGAAGAUUAAUUCCUCCCUCAACAUGAAGAAUACAGUUUUUUUUUUAAUCUCAAGUAAUUAGCUCAAAAUUAUUGGUUAAAUAGUUCAGCAGUGCACAUUCCACCAGUCCCCAAGUUGAAAAGGAAGAAAAUUAGUAUUAUUUAGAGUAAAAUUGCAAAUAAUAUGAUUGUACUUUCAUGCAAUUAUUGUUACCUCAAAGAAUGGCUUCCUUGGUGUCCAACUUUCUUUCGA